CCCGUUUCCCAAGACUUGGAACUGAAACUGUUAGUUUCAAAAAUCAAACUAACUGCUUCUGCUUGUGUUCUUAGUCUGCCAUUUCCAGUGGAUGCUGGUGAUGGAGGUGGAGAUAUAAGUGCCAGUGUACAUUCUCAAAUGCACAGAAACUCUUUUCCAAGGAAGGGUUUGACUGAGCAACAGAAGGAAGGCAUUGAUGUGGUGAGGAAACUGAUGCAUAAUCUGGAUGAAGAAGGAGGGCUGGAAGAAAUUUAUACUUUCAGAAAAAGCCUGGAGCGUCUUUCAAUGUUUAAGAAAAUAGAAAGAAGACCUAUGCCUUGGCCCUGUCAGCUCACUAUUGGUCCUAAUUUGUCUAUAAGGAUUGUGGCCUACAAAUCAGUCACAGAAGAGAAGGUGAAAAAAAUUUGGUCAGUUGUGGAUGCUAAAACCCUCAGAAAAGAGGAUGUGCAAAAAGAAACUGUUUACUGCUUGAAUGAUGAUGAUGAGACAGAGGUUCAGAACACUGAUACUAUUCAAGGGUUUCGCUAUGGAACUGAUAUAGUUCCUUUUUCCAAGGAAGAUGAAGAGCAAAUGAAAUACAAAACAGAAUCGAAAUGUUUUUCUGUUCUGGGAUUCAGCAUGGCCUCUCAGAUCCAGAGGCAUUACUACAUGGGCAACCAGGUUCUGAAGGUCUUUGCAGCAAAAAAUGAUGAGAAUGCAGCAGUUGCUUUUUCUGCCCUUGUUCGUGCAUUGGAUGAGUUGCAAAUGGUAGCUAUAGUGCGCUAUGCUUAUGAUAGAAGAUGCAACCCGCAAGUUGGGGUAGCUUUUCCAUCUAUUAAAGAUGCAUAUGAGUGUCUCAUCUAUGUGCAACUACCCUACAUGGAAGACUUAAGACAGUACAUAUUUUCAUCCUUGAAAAACAAUAAAAAAUGCAUUCCUACAGCGGAUCAGUUAUCUGCUGUUGACUCUUUGAUUGAGUCUAUGAAUUUGGUUUAUGAAGAUGAUGAUGGAGAAACUUUUGAGGACCUGUUUAAGCCUAGCAAAAUCCCAAACCCUCAUUUUCAGAGGUUAUAUCAGUGUUUGCAGCAUAAGGCUUUUCACCCCAGUGAGCCAUUGCCACCAAUUGAACAGCACCUUUUAGAGAUGUUGGAGAUGCCCCAUGUGGUACAAGAAAGGUGUCGGACUUCUCUUGAAAAAGUAAAAGCGCUUUUCCCCCUAAAGGAAGUUGUCAAGAAAAAAGAAGAGAAGACUGCUCAAGACAUCUUCAAAGACAACAAUGAAGCUGGACCCAAUGCCAAGAAACUGAAUAUUGAAGAUGAGGAAGGCAGCUUUAGCAUCAUGAAACUUGCUGAAGGCAAUGUCACCUCUGUUGGCAGUGUUAACCCAGCAGAAGAUUUCCGAAUUCUGGUGAGGCAGAAAAAUGCGGACUUCAAAGACG